UUGGAGUCGGUGAUUCACCGCUAUUUCUUACCUUUUGCGAUUUCGUAAAUAUUCCAUCAUUCUGUGUUUUGUAUCCGUAGUCGGACAACUAAAAUCCAGUGCUUAAUAAAUACAUAUUCACCAUGAGUCUUCAGUGGACCAUCAUCGCGACGUUUUUGUACACCGAAAUAGCCAUCGUCUGCUUGCUCGCAUUGCCGAUCGCUAGUCCUUCCAAAUGGCAAAAGUUGUUCAGGUCAAAAUUCCUGGCUUAUAUAAGCGGACAAGCGUCGGUGUACUUCCUGAUCCUUAUCGGAGUGCUGGUGUUAUGCCUGCUCGACGCCAUUCGGGAGAUGCAGAAGUAUUCGAACAUCGAGAGCUCGGACCACCAGCACCUGGACGCCGAGAUGCAGGGUAACAUGCGUCUGUUCCGCGCUCAGAGAAACUUCUACAUCUCCGGCUUCGCUCUGUUCCUGCUAGUCGUGAUCCGCCGGCUGGUGCAGUUGAUUUCGGAACUGGCAACUCUUUUGGCUCAGUCUGAGGCAAAUUUCCGUCAGGCGCAGAGCGCGUCCGUGGCUGCGAGGUCGCUGCUGGCCCAGGCGGGAGCCGGCGACGAGGCUACCAAGAAGCAGCUCGAGGACUUCAAGGAUCAAAUCACAGCUCUAGAGAAAGAACUUUCCAAAGAGAGAAAAGAUAAGGAGGCUGUAAAGUCGCAGGCUGAAAGUCUGUCAAAGGAGUAUGACAGGCUCACGGAGGAACACAGCAAGCUGCAAAAGAAGCUCACAAUCAGCGGCGACAAAAAAGAUGAGUAAUUCUAAGAUUGUUGACUGUUUAAAGUCCAUUCUCAUUUGCUAAUCUAUGUAGUGCUAAAGAUAAUUGACUUGCUUCAACUUUCUAGUGAGAUAUGAAAUAACAAAAUACACUUCACUGAAUGAUUUGUGGACCUUGUGUCCAUGUAAGAAGGUUUACUAGUGUUAUUAGAAGAAACAUACUUCAGGGUUACAUAUGUUUAUUGAAAGUUAGCAAGCAAAGUUGGUAAACAUUAAACAAUAUUCUUCCUGCAUUGUAACAUCUUAACUUAUGGCAAUUUAUUGGUCAUUCUAAUAUUACAUUUUCUGUGCUUUUUCUGAAAAGUGCUAGUAGAUCAUAUGUGAGCUUCUUGAACAAAAUGUUCACUAAAGCUAUUCCAAAUGCAUUAUUAUACAUAUUUAGUAAAA